AUGGAGCCUCAUUCGACCUUUCAAGGGUUUUCAGUCCUUCCGAUCUCUAUACUUUCGAUUCUUGUCGGAGGUAUACUCGUUUUUCUUCUAUUCAGUGAUUAUUUUCGUAGGAAGAGAUCCGAAGUUCAAACUAUUGCGAAUCCUGAAGUGAACACAAUUAAGAAACCUUUGAAGCAUUCGCAGCCAACCUCGAAGAAAUCACAUGCGAAAUCUCACUCGCACGCAUCUGAAAAGGAUCAAGUGAAACGGCACCAUCCUUUGGAUAUAAAUACUUUGAAAGGUCACGGGGAUGCAGUCACGGCUCUCUGUUUCUCGUUUGACGGUCGGAAUCUGGCAACAGUUUGUGCAGAUGGACUGCUCCGGGUAUUUAAAUUGGAUGAUGCUUCCAGUAAAAGCUUCAAGUUUUUGAGAAUCAACUUGCCUGCUGGAAAUCAUCCAACAGCAGUUGCCUUUUCUGAUGGGGAAUCAGCUAUAGUUGUGGCUACACAGGCUUUUUCUGGUUCUUCUUUAUACAUGUAUGGAGAAGCAAAUACAAGAGCUGACAAUGAAACUAAGCAGCAACCCAAGCUUCCUCUCCCAGAAAUCAAAUGGGAACACCACAAAGUCCAUGACAAAAGGGCCAUCCUGACUCUGGUUGGAACGACUGCAACUUAUGGUAGUGCUGAUGGGAGUACUGUUAUUGCUUCAUGUUCUGAAGGUACUGAUAUAAUCCUUUGGAAUGGGAAAAGUGGGAAGAUCUUAGGGAAUGUUGACACAAAUCAGCUCAAAAACAACAUGGCUACUAUUUCUCCAAAUGGCCGUUUUAUUGCUGCUGCAGCAUUUACUGCUGAUGUGAAGGUGUGGGAGAUUGUUUAUUCCAAGGAUGGUUCGGUGAAGGGAGUUUCAAAAGUUAUGCAACUCAAGGGGCAUAAGAGUGCAGUAACGUGGUUAUGCUUUGCUCCAAAUUCAGAACAAAUCAUCACGGCAUCUAAGGAUGGUUCAAUAAGAAUAUGGAAUAUCAAUGUUCGGUAUCAUCUUGACGAGGACCCAAAGACUUUGAAGGUCUUCCCGAUUCCCCUUCGUGAUUCAAAAGGCUCCGCUUUGCACUAUGAUCGUCUCAGUCUUUCACCCGAUGGAAGGAUAUUGGCAGCCACACAUGGUUCAACAUUGCAGUGGUUGUGUGCAGAAACUGGGAAGGUGUUGGAUACAGCUGAUAAAGCACAUGAAGGUGAUAUUACAGGCAUUGCAUGGGCACCUCGGAAUAUUCCAAUGGGGGGUGAACUUGUCACUGUUUUAGGCACUGCUGGUGCUGACAAGAAAGUGAAGCUUUGGGUGGCUCCAUCUGUCCAUCCGUCUUAAGAGAUCUAUGAAUGCAUCACAAUCAACGAUCAACAAAAUGGUAGAGUCAAUCAGAUUUUGUCAUAGAAGUGCCGAUAAAUAUGCUACAUGGGAUUUUGGCCUAAUCUCACCUGAGAUUCGACAGUUCUAACCAGUAUUUCAUGCUUAAACUGCUUACCUCUUGUGGGAAGUAAAAUACAGUUCCUGUGGGGCAAGAUAGAUAUGUGAGUGAACAGAUUUCCUCAACUGCACAUUCUCAUUGGAGAGUUUUGAUGAUUUGAGAAGGCUCAGAUACUGUAGAUAAUUGUAUGCAACUACAGUACUAAAUAAAACGUGGAGGAUGAAAAAGCUUUUGUUAUU